CGAUGCUUCCCAGGCUGCAGGGAAAGCUCAGUUCUCCGCCCUCCCGGAAGUUGUUGCACAGUCGUUUCCGGGGCGGCGUGAAGUUGGGGAGGACUCCGAAUGGGUCGCAGCCGCAGCCGGUCCCCGCGGAGGGAGCGUAGGCGGUCCCGGUCCACCUCGCGAGAGAGAGAACGCAGGCGCCGAGAAAGGUCCCGGUCCCGAGAGCGAGAUCGGAGAAGAAGCCGCUCUCGAUCCCCACACAGAAGACGUUCCAGGUCCCCAAGACGACAUAGAUCCACAUCUCCUUCCCCUUCUCGAUUAAAAGAAAGAAGAGAUGAGGAGAAGAAAGAAACAAAAGAAACAAAGAGCAAGGAACGUCAGAUAACUGAGGAAGACUUGGAGGGCAAAACAGAGGAAGAAAUAGAAAUGAUGAAGUUAAUGGGAUUUGCCUCCUUUGACUCCACAAAAAAUGAUGAUCUGGGGCUUCAUGGAGGACAAAUGGGAGGCUGAGAGAACUGCCGUCGUGCAGUGAAAGAUGAUGAAGGCCUGAACUGCGAAGAGGGGCUGGAAUAUUGAGAACCAUUCAGGAACCAGAGUUAGUGGUGGUGGGAUGGAGGUGAGUAGUCAGUGAUGACUCUGAAGUGUCAGACUGAUAGGGUUAACCAAAGAAAGGAUUGUAGGAAGGGGAAAUGCUGUGAAACAGAAUGAAGCACAGCUGCCAGAUAAAGAUGGCAUUGAGUAGUUGCAUGCAUAUCUCAUAGCUCAGAAGAGGGGUUGACAGGAGUUUGAAUGCUCUCUAGCCCUGAUCAUAAUCCUGGAGAGAAUCGGGAAGUAGGGGAGGCAAAAGCGGGAGGGAUUGUGGAGAGGGCGGUGAAGAGAGGGAGGUGGGAGAGAGAUAGGGAGAUAGGGAAGUACGGCAAAGGGGAGAUGGAAGGAGAGAGGAAAUUGAAUGCAGAGAGGAGGGAGGAUAGAGAGAGGAAGCUAGUAAGGAUAGGCAGGGAGAGUGUGUGUGUGGAGAGAGAGAAAAUAUAUUUUUAAAACUUUCUUUUUUAGAAUUUUAAGUCCUUUUACUUUUGCAAAUUGAAGUUGAAAUUUUUGAGGAGAGUUGUCAAAAAUAAUCCACUUCCCCUAAUCUUGUGUUCCAUUGAGUUGUGAACGGAGCGGGGUGAUCUCAGGUGCUUUAAGAGUUUCUUUCUAACUGAUGUGAUUAUGUGGGGCUCCCAUGUAUUUUAUUAAAUGACAGUGUAUGACCUAAGAGGAGUACCAGAGGCGUGACUGUUUUGAGCUGAGAAAAUUAAGAAUGCGCUCUUGUUCUCACAAAUGGUUAUGUGAACCCCAUUUUAGAAUUUAAUGCAGUUUAUGUCUCAGGUUUUUUUCUUGAAUAUACCAAACCCUUAUUUUUUAUUCGAAAGAGCAUUUUAUAAGUGAACUGGUUUAUUAAUACAUACAUUGGGUGAAUAAAAAUAUCUCCAAAAUGAGACAACUAAAUUUUAUUGUUUUUAGAAUAGUGAAGGACCUUCACUAUUAGAAUUCUUUUCUCUUUUGGUUUUACUGUUGCCGGAUGUUAUGUUUGAAAUUCCUGAGAAUCAGAUGUAAAGAUGGAGCCACUACUUUUAAAUGUAGUCUUUUAAAUGUUUGUGUAUAAAGGAGAAAUUAGGUGAGAAUUUAUAG